GUGGCCAGUGCUGCCGUUCGAAGUCAACUUCGAACUGUGCCUGGAUGCGCCCAACGUCGUCAUGAAGCUGACGUUUUUCGAAUGCGUUGCCCGAUGGGAAACCGUUUACCUGACAGUUAGUUUGGCCAAUUCCAGGCAACCUGACGCAGCAAAGAAAUAAGACAACCACAUCUGCACGCAUAUUGCCCAGUGAUUAUCGGCCCGUUUUUUUGUGAAUUCUGCACGACGUCAUUCUUCCCACAGUAAGAAAAAUGGACGUGCGAUGUUUUCUGCUCCUUGCCAUGAGCACCACGAUUCCUUUAUGCUGCGCUGAAAUAGGAAAAAUGAAUUUGGAGCCCGUACCUGGCGCCCUGUCCGACAGCUGCACUCACGGGAAGUCGAAGCCUGUGGGUAAACACGGGGUGGUGCGCGAUGCCGGCAAUCGUAUCUAUGUCCACCAAAAUGCCAGCUUCCAGUUAGCAUGCAACGGAAGCGUCAGCAACACCAGCGACACUAUGGCGCCAUCCGUAGGCCAUGGGUGCAAAUGGGCCGACUCGGAAUAUAAACCACUGCACAAACCUGAUGACCAUCCUGAUGGCAGUCGAUGCAGUGUGGUGAUUACUCGUGCGUUAUUUGAGCGAGACCUGCAAGUGCAAGACACCCAGAUGACUGUCCGAUGCACUGACCAUGUGCUACAACACGAGGAGAAGUCCUAUCUUCUGAUACUGGCUCAAUCUCUUCGCUGGUCAGCUGUCGAUCCGCCUCUAAUUGUUCGGCCUGAUCACGUGGUUUUCAUGUGCAGUGUGUUUAGCCGGCCACAUGCAUGCGUCACGUGGUUCUUCAACAACCGACACCCUUCUGCAAAUGCGGAACUAAGAGAAUGCUCGGUCAGCGGAUCUCGGCUGAGUUGCCCCAUAGCAAAUAUUAGCCGUAUUCUGCCGAUUAUAUGCGUGGCGACUACGGAAUGGGGAGAAUCUUUAUCGCGCAUUUAUUCGGAUCUCCCCGACAAUCUUACGGCCACUAGUGAUUGUAAUACCUCCAUGGACAGCAGCGGCAGCAAUGUUACCGCAGUCAACACAGCCGGCGAGGAAAUCCGCGCAAAUUCCAAUAACUGCACAUGUGCUAACAUAAGCUUUGUUGCUCCGGAAAGUGGGAACAAAUUAAUGCCGAAUUCGUCAUCGCAAGUGGCCGCGCUGAAUAUGUACCAACCACUGGAUGAUGACAAUACCGGCGGUCUGCUGGACCUGACGCCCGCGCCGGUAAUUGAUGCGGCUGACAAGACACAGCCGACAGAUAUUGGACUUGUUAUCGGGCUGACCGCCGGUUGUCUGGUUACUAUCAUGGGCGGAACUGCGGCACUGGUCAAGCUCAUAAAGUCCCGAAGCGCGUCAGUGGAUUUGCUUGCGAUUCGAAGUAAUAUGCAUCGUGCUUAAAUUUUAUGCAAUAAAUUCGGCGGUAAUAUUUUCAAUGGUACAGAGUACAUGUACAAUUUAUUAUUAUUAGUGUAGAAUCAUGACCGUUGCAGUUUCGUACCAAUGCUACAAUUUCCAAUACACUUUGCAUUUCUACCGUAAGAUGCAAUUAAUAUAUUAUCUUCCUGUUGUGAAUCGCGGUCGCUGACAUUAAAACCGAACCCCCA